AUGGAGACCUUUGUUCCCGGCCUACAUGGCCAACCGCACCCUUCUGUCAACAAAACUGCUCUCGGAAGAGUUCGAGCCGAGGACCAACCCCCGAGUAUCCAGCGAGAGUUUUCCAAGGCAUAUCCUUUUGGUUUACCCGCUGUCUAUAAGAUGAUGAGGUCAACCAACUCUCAUGGUGUCGUUGACACUUAUGUCGAGGAUAGUCUGCCGGUCGGCUUUUACACCCAUCCUCCAAGUGAUGCACCGGCCAUCUUCUCGACAAAAAACGGCACUCAGCCAUUUAGCUACCUCACGCACAUUUUGCCUCCGCGUCGACUUCAUCUUUGGUCCAAGGACGAGAUUCAAGAACGGUGCAAUUCCCUUCGCAAGACGUAUUGGAACCACAUGAAGACGAUGAAAAAACUACACUCCUGGGACGAUCUUUACACCUAUUUUGACGCCUGUGAUCUAUACCACCAUGGUGUGCAAAAUCUUUGGAAUGUUGUCAACACUCUAUUCGACGAAAAUGAAAUUAUUCGUCGUGACGUCAGCAGAGAGUCGGCUCAGCAUAUUGGUGAAUGGGUCGAUAAAUGGCUCGAAAACAUCGACAACAAAACAAAGCUCGGGAAUUGGACCGAAAAAGAUGGCUUCAUUGUAUAUAUUCUCUCAGAAGAAGAUCGCAAUGAUAUGGGCGAUCUUACAGACGACAUGAUGCCCGUCGUUGCCAAUGCCCUCAAAUGCCGUCGGGCAUUUUUGCUGUCAAGUAACUUCCACAAAGGGAGAACUCAACCGAAUGACAUCCUUUCUGCCGUGAAGAAUUCAAACUUUGAGAACUGGCUAGUUGGCGAGCCUGUGUUUAACCCAGACGGAAACGGGCUGCCGUCACCUCCAGCUUGGGAAGAACAUAGAUGCUCGCCAGCUUCCCGGAACAAACCCUUACCCUACCAUAUUCAGGACGGACACUACUACUACCUGCCUGAAGGGAGUGGGCAGCCUAAUUAUCACGAGGUCGACCGGCCCAGUGCUGUUGAGGCUUUGCAGAGGUCAGCCGCAGCAGCGACGAUGAAUCAACCAUCGAAGAAGCAGUCUCACGCUACUGUUGUGAAUGGCACUGUGCAGCCUCGGACGGCUAGUACAGGAAAGAAAGCUGUCAGUAAUAGCACACAGACAAGCACUGUGAAUGGAAGAAAUGAGCAAGCGGCUCCUCCUUCGACCAUGAAUGCGGGACCACCGAAUCACCAAAGUCAGCCUCUCGUUUCUGUUCAAACCGAUAAUAAUGUUGGACCAAUAGUAGUUGCGAGGGCCCAUGCCUCUCCCUCACCACUCUCUCGAAAGGGUCGGCUCCCUCAAGAUGGCAUGAACAUUGAUGGAACGAGCACCUUCGUGGGGCCCGAACAGUCUAGUCUGACAGGUUCUCAGUCUCAGGAUGCUAGAAAUGCUGCUAGAUUUGUUCCCUACCCUUCAAUGGCUUCGUCUCCUCAGCAUCAUGCCCCUACAACGGUCCGGGUUCAGCCUGCAUAG